CCAACAUUUCAGAUAAUUUCCCAUCUCUCAGACCAACCACGAGUCUCUCUCUCUCGCUAUCUCAUCAUGCAGCGUUUUGUAUCCGCAGUGUUCGGCAAGACAAUGCAGCGCAGUUAUGAAGCAACCCAGACUCGCCCAUGUCCCGCUGCCGCCGACUGGACGUUGCCCUCCCAUACAUCACGUCUCUAGGUGCCAUGAAGCGAGCAUCCGGUUUGACCAUCAGCUCGGUACUCGCUCGCCUCUUGAGUAGACGCAGUGAAACCAGUGCGUCCUCCACUUCCCCUCCCAUUGUAAACCUGUUCAAGUGUGUUCACUUGGUCCUCGCCUGCUGGCGUUUCCAACCCCCGACGCAGUCCGAAACCUUCCAGAACGUUUCAUCCAUUUCCGCCCAGUCUUCCGGCUUGAACGAGAAGUCCUCGGGCGGGGAACUUGAAACUGGCCUGGCGGCCUGUCCAGGGCGUCUCCCCGCCCUGCCGCCCAAUGGCCGCUGGGAUAGGCUCCAGCAUCCCCGCCACCCCGGGAGCAGGAUAAGCGGUUCGGAUGAUGGAUGGACGGAGCUUGAAACUCACUCACGUUUCCACUGUGAUGACGUUAGCUGGCUAGCUAUGCUAUUAGCUACACUCGGACCAAUUCGCUCUUUCGACGGACUCGGACUAAGCUGCGCAGUGGCUGUUGAUGGACAAUCCCUAUGAAGAGGUGGGGUUAUAAUGGGACAGAGCGCCUCGGAACAAGAGGUCCAAGGAGGCCUGCCCGAGGAACAGCUUAAUGAAAUCAAGACGUUUGUGGAGGAGGAGCUGCAGACAAGCAUGAUGGUGGGCAUGGUGAUUGGCGCGGGCAUCGCCAUAGUCCUCAUCGCCAUCCUCAUCUUCUUCAUCCUGCGCAGGAUCCAGCUACGAAACCUAGAGGCCCAGGAGGUGCCCAAGUACCGCUUCCGAAAGAGGGACAAAGUUAUGUUCUAUGGGAGGAAGAUCAUGCGGAAGGUGUCCCAGUCUACCUCUUCCCUGGUGGGUACCUCCUCCUCACGACCGCGGCUAAAAAAGAAGCAGAAGAUGCUGAACAUUGCCAAAAAAAUCCUACGCUUUAAGAAGGAGGUGCCCACCCUGCAGGCUAAGGAGCCCCCUCCUUCAGUUCUGGAAGCUGACCUCACUGAAUUCGAUGUGGCCAAUUCCCACCUACCCUCUGAGGUGCUCUACAUGCUCAAAAAUGUCCGUGUGCUCGGCCACUUUGAAAAGCCCCUCUUCCUGGAGCUGUGUAAACACAUGGUUUUCCUGCAGUUCCAGCAGGGGGAGUACGUCUUCAGACCAGGACAGCCUGACAGCAGCAUCUAUGUGGUCCAGGAUGGGAAACUAGAAUUGUGCCUUACUGGAAUGGACGGCAAGGAAUGCGUGGUGAAAGAGGUGUACCCAGGAGACAGCGUGCACAGCCUCCUCAGCAUCCUGGAUGUCAUCACGGGCCAUCAGAAGCCAUACAGGACAGUAUCUGCUCGAGCGGCUGAGGUGUCCACUGUUCUGCGGCUGCCUGUCGAGGCCUUCCUCUCCAUAUUUGAGAAGUACCCCGAGAGUCUAGUCCGGGUUGUACAGAUCAUUAUGGUUCGUCUCCAAAGAGUAACAGUCCUCGCUCUGCACAACUACCUGGGGCUCACCAACGAGCUCUUCAGCCAUGAGAAUCAGCCUCUACGUCUUCCGCCCCCGUCCCCCCAUCCAAGCCGUGCCAGUCCCAUCCGUCAUGGGAAGCGUUUCGGCAGCCUGACCGUACCGGAGGAGCACCGGGAAGCCGCUGUUAAAGGCGAGCCCUCAGAUCAGGGGAAGGAUGGAGCAACAGUGCCAACUCUCAGCAGGACCAUCUCCAUGCCUGUCGACAUUGCUGGUAUUCAGAAAAGCCUGCGGUCGGACUUUGACAUGGCGUACGAGAGGGGACGCAUCUCUGUCUCUGCAGAGGACGGGAACACCCCUUCCACCUUCACCCGAUCUGUGUGCCAAGAGCAGCGGGAGAGGAGAGUGACGGUGGAUGAGGUGCCCUCCGGGGUCUACCUGUACCCCGAGGAUGAGCCCGGUAUGCAUGGCAUGUCCGGGCCUCUCCCCUGCAGAACCAGCGCCUCCCUGUUUGAGGAGGCCCAAAAAGAGAUCCUCAAACUCAUGAGAAUCGAGGACCCAGCCUUGUUAAAUGGGAGAGUGACGCUGCACCAUGCCAAAGCUGGAGCUGUGUUAGCCAGACAGGGGGACCAGGAUGUGAGCCUGCACUUUGUCCUCUCUGGCUGUCUGCAUGUCUAUCAGAGGAUGAUUGACAAGCAGGAUGCGGUCUGCCUCUUCGUGACCCAGCCAGGGGAAAUGGUGGGCCAGCUGGCCGUACUCACAGGGGAGCCACUUAUUUUCACCAUCAAGGCUAUCCGAGACUGUACUUUCCUGAAGAUCUCCAAGUCUGACUUCUACGAGAUAAUGAGAGAACAGCCCAGUGUGGUGCUCAGCGCGGCCCACACCGUGGCCAUCCGCAUGUCCCCUUUCGUCAGGCAGAUGGACUUCGCCAUUGACUGGAUGGCUGUUGAGGCUGGCAGGGCCCUCUACAGGCAGGAUGACCAGUCAGACUGCACGUACAUUGUUCUGAACGGCCGUCUACGUUCGGUCAUCCGCAAGGCGAAUGGCAAGAAGGAGCUGGUGGGGGAGUAUGGCAGGGGAGAUCUCAUCGGAGUGGUGGAAGCUUUGACCAGACAGCCAAGAGCUACUACAGUCCAUGCGGUCAGAGAUACAGAGCUGGUUAAACUGCCCGAGGGGACACUCAAUAACAUCAAGAGGCGAUACCCACAGGUGGUGACAAGGCUGAUCCACUUGCUGGGCCAGAAGAUCUUGGGGAACCUGCAGCAGGGUAGAGGUCCAUUCUCAGGUUCAGCCCUGGGUCUGUCCAGUGUGACGACCAGCCCUGAUGUCACCAACCCCGCCAGCAACCUCUCCACCGUGGCUGUCCUGCCUGUCUGUGAUGAGGUGCCAAUCAACGCCUUCAACCUGGAGCUUAGCCAUGCCCUCAGUGCCAUUGGACCCACUCUGCUGCUAACAAGUGACAUCAUCAGAGAGCGACUGGGUGCUUCUGCUUUGGAUAGUAUCCAUGAGUACCGUUUGUCUGGCUGGUUGGCCCAGCAAGAGGACAUCAACCGAAUAGUCCUGUACCAGACAGACUGCAGCAUGUCCCCCUGGACACAGCGCUGCAUUCGACAGGCUGACUGCAUCCUAAUCGUGGGACUAGGGGACCAGGAACCAGCCCUUGGACAGUUGGAGCAGAUGCUGGAGAACACCGCAGUCCGGGCCCUGAAGCAGCUGGUAAUCCUACACAGAGAGGACGGGCCGGGCCCCUCCAGGACCGUAGAGUGGCUCAAUAUGCGCAGUUGGUGUUCCGGACACAUCCACCUUAAGUGUCCCCGCAGGGUCUUCUCUAGACGCAGCCCCACAAGACUGAGGGAGCUGUAUGAGAAGGUGUUUGAGAAGACUGCAGACAGACACAGUGAUUUCUCUCGACUGGCUCGGGUCCUAACCGGCAACAGCAUCGCGCUGGUGCUUGGUGGAGGGGGUGCCAGAGGGUGCUCCCAUGUAGGAGUGAUCAAGGCUAUGGAAGAGGCAGGAAUUCCCAUUGACAUUGUUGGCGGGACCUCCAUUGGCUCAUUCAUAGGAGCCUUGUACGCUGAAGAGAGGAGCGCUGUCCGAACAAAACAGAGAGCUAGAGAAUGGUCGAAGGCAAUGAACUCAGUGUUCAAAACGGUACUGGACUUGACUUAUCCCAUCACCUCCAUGUUUUCUGGCUCAGCCUUCAAUGCCAGCAUCUACAAAGUGUUCCAAGAUAAGCAAGCUGAGGACCUGUGGCUGCCAUACUUUAAUGUCACAACUGACAUCACAGCCUCAGCGAUGCGUGUCCACCAAGACGGCUCACUGUGGCGCUAUGUGCGGGCGAGCAUGACCCUAUCGGGGUACCUGCCGCCCCUCUGUGACCCCAAAGAUGGCAACUUGCUAAUGGACGGUGGCUACAUCAACAAUCUGCCAGCGGACAUCGCCAGGAACAUGGGUGCCAAAACAGUCAUUGCCAUUGACGUGGGCAGCCAGGAUGAGACGGACCUCUGUAACUAUGGCGACUGCCUGUCUGGCUGGUGGUUGCUGUGGAAACGGCUCAACCCCUGGGCAGAGAAAGUGAAGGUGCCAGACAUGGCAGAGAUUCAGUCUCGGUUGGCCUACGUAUCGUGUGUGCGCCAGCUGGAGGUAGUGAAGAAGAGUGCCUACUGCGAAUACAUCCGUCCGCCCAUCGACCGCUUCAAGACCAUGGACUUUGGCAAGUUUGACGAGAUCUAUGAAGUGGGCUACCAACAUGGAAAGCUUGUGUUUACGGGCUGGGGCCGGGGCGACAUCAUCGAGAACAUGCUGAAGGACCACCAUUCGGCUGAUUACAGCGACAGCAAGAAGACUGAUUCCUGUACGUGUCCUGGGGCUGACUUCACUGACCUGGCUGAGAUUGUGUCCAGGAUAGAGCCGGUUCAGAGCUAUGCAGAAGCAGAAGAAUCUGACUGUCUGACCGAGUAUGAGGAAGACGGGAUGGAUACAGUGAGAGAAGAGGAGGGGGAGGAAGAGGAGGAGGAGGUAGAUGACCCCGAGGACCAAUCCCCAGGAGAUUGGGUCCAGAACGGAGUCUUCCAGACGGAUGAGGAGAAAUCUGUACGCCAGCGCAGAAAACUUGCAGGGGACUCCAACACCUGCUCUGAGGUCUCAGACUGCUGACAAAGGGAGAGAGAUGAGAAAGAGUCGGGAACAGGGGCCAAGAGUACAGAACACAGUGGACAAUGUGAAGUAGGACCUCAGAAUUGGCCCUUUUGAACUUUGAAUACUCUGAAAGCCUUUUUUGUGCUUGAAGGAGUCACCAUUGAUCCUUAGCUUGAUCUUAUGUCACGUCACCUUGUGGACAUACAUCUGUACCACUUCCUCCUCUUCUGUCAAAACUAAACCAGUCUGUACUAAACAAGAUGACGGGUGUGGACUGUCUGUGGAGGUCAACCCUGAACAGAGUACCUUACACCACCGCUUGUACAAGAGCCCUCAGAGGUCUCAGUCAGCGGAGUCCACAGGCCCAUCAACAACCAACUCAACUCGCAUACACGCUCAAGGGUCAUUAUCUCAUCUCCUAGUCAAGAGGAAGACACUGCUUGCAUGUAGUCUGUCUGUCUGAUAAUUUACAUAUUACUGUUUUGAAUACAUCCGCAUCACGCUAACAGACAUUAACGGGGCUAAAAGAUAUCACGGGGCCCAUGCCAUUCCUGCAUGUUUGCGCUCUCUUGUUGAUAUAAGUGUGUGUACAUGGCAGAGUGCCUGUGCACUUGUUCUCGUGUGUCUAUGCGCGUCAACGUUUAUUCUAGUCCACACUUGCAAGGGUAUGGUGUGCAAUAGAACGGGCGCAGAGAUGGGCACACUUGUGAGGAGCACUGAUGGCAAAGCGACUGAGUAGAAGACUGAAGUCAAGGAUGAACAGGUACAGAAACGUAGACUAACAGAUAAGGUUAUGUCAGCAGUCAGGUUUAACGUGAAGUAGGGCGUCACGUAGGAAAAGAUGCUGGAGUCAUCAUGUAGAAACAAAGUUUGAAUGAAAAGAAAUUGAAUGAUGUUGAUGAGGAGGCCAAAAUAAUUAGUUCAUUUAAGAGAGUCAAAUUGAAUGGAUGGGGUGAUGGAGAUGAGACUGAAAAUUACUGACUGAGAGGAGGUAAAGAAAGGUGUGCAGAGGAAAUGAAGUGAUCCAAGUGAGAAAAGAUGCAAAAACACAAAACGGAUGUUAUGACGAGAGAUGAGUGAGAUGGGGGGGGGGGUGUUUGGAUGUAAUCAUGUGUGCUCAUGUGUGCUCGAAAUCAGACAUUUGAUCAGUUCUGUGCUUUCACCAUAUUUAUUUUUCUUGAUCAAAGUAAAAGCAGAGGACGAUUUCUCAACUGCAGCUCUACACAAAGGGAAAGGAGAACAGGGAAUUUUCCGGUAUACUUAUACAACACACUCUCUUUGUCUCCCUACCUAUGCUUGCAUGGGAUCGCAUACGGCGCUUACAGUUGCGUCACGUAAUUUGUCAUGUUUAUCCUGGUUUAAAGGAAUCGAGCUGCAAAAAUAAGACUGAAUUUGUUGUUUUUUUAUGUUCCUGGUAUGCAAAUGACCACACGUUUUGUGUUGUCAAACACAGUUUCAUUUCAUGUACUCUGCACAAUGUGUCGAUAUAAACAAGUUACCUCCAGCAAGGGCGCCGUCAUCAGCGUAUAUAGAAUACAUUUACCAGUCUUUUUGGAAAAGGUCAAAUCUGAAACUUGAAAUGACUAGAAAAUCACUUCUCAUCACAGACACCCUAAUUGAAAUGGACCUCUUGGAAAAUUAUAACAGACCUACGUUAUGAAAUAACCAGUUAUCAAAAUAACCAGUCGUCUAUGAAAAGGCACUCUUUUGAAAGCUGUUCACCCGGUCUGAACGGUCGCCAGUUUUUGCUUUUGAUUUUAUUUAUUCGUGUUACUACUGGCUUUUUAAAAUACCUGCUUUUUUUAAUGAAAUAUUUAAUUUGAAUAUAUUGAACAAAAUGGCUGUUUUUUGAUUAGCUCAGCUUUAGUUGUUUUGUACUAAAAUACCUGGGAUACGUACUUGCUCAGAAAAUGUAAUGCUUUAGUUAAUUUGCCAUCUGCCUUGAGAUGCCAAGCGAGACUAAAGAUGUAACUUUUGACUUAUGAAAGAUAUGCGUACUCAUUAAUAUGGGUACUCAUUAAUAAAUAUAAAUUAUAAUGUGCAUCAUAUUGCUAUUGCAUUUGAGUUUUAUUUUUCCCCUACCCUUGGUGUUGUUGCAUACGAAAGCAUUGGUCAGAAAUUACAUAUAAUGCUCAUUGUCUGAAAUUAGCUUGAGAAUGGAGACUCCCAUCAACGUCAGAGCUGACAUUGUGUUGGUAAGCGUGACAUCCUGAGUACAAAAAGUAUGAUGAGUGUUGGCUGUAGGCUUUUGUGUGCUCCCUAUGGGGAGAGUCAACACGGUACUGAGGAGCAUUUCCCAGUCUACAGAGAGCAUAGUAUACUAUAUUUACUGUAGUCAACAGGACAAAUUUAAAAUAAACAGUAUUCUCAAAUGAAAUUUUGUGCAAAAAUAAUGUAAUGUGAAUAUUAAAAUAUCUAAUAAAAUAAA